CAAAAACAAAAUGACUGUAUUUUCCUUUCCCUGGCAAACUAGUACCAUCUUGUUUAAGGAAUAUUUUCCAAUUAGUAAAAUAAAACAACCGGCUAAUUUUCACACAGUUAUUAACUAUUCAACUGAUUUAAUACGCACAAAGUUAGUUAGAUUUUUGUACUAUAACCAUGGCCACUCAAGAGGAAUUCAACAAAGCCGCUGAAGAUGUAAAAAAUUUGAACUCUACACCCGCCGAUAAUGAUUUAUUAGAAUUAUACAGUUUGUAUAAGCAAGCUACCGUAGGCGAUUGUAAUACUGAUAAACCUGGAUUUUUGGACUUCAAAGGAAAGGCCAAAUGGGAAGCAUGGAAUAAUCGUAAGGGUAUGUCAACUGCCGAUGCUACUAACGCUUACGUAGAAAAAGUUAAAGCUUUAGUCGCCUCCGUUGGUCUUAAGGCCUAAAAAGCUGAUAAAUUAUUGUUUACAACGAAUAUUUUGCAACAAGAGUCCAGUUUUAUUUUUUAUUAAAUUAUAUUAAUUUUAGCAUUUAUUACAAAAAAAAAAAAAAAAAAGAAAUAAAUGAUCAAAUAAA